GAUGAUCUGUGUUCUGUGUUGAUUUGGUUGGUUAUGUUAAAAAAAUAAUAAACAAUAUUCAAAUCAAAGAUAGUGUAAUAUCUUUGAUUCAAAUAAUUCAGAAUGUAUCAAGAUAAAAUAGAGGAGCUCCAAAGUUAUUUCAAAACUCAUUCCAAAUCCAAAGAGUAUUUAGGGCACUCAGCAAAAGUGCAUUCAGUUGGAUGGAGUUGUGAUGGCAAGAGACUUGCUUCAGGAUCCUUUGAUAAAUCAGUUUGUAUUUAUACAUUAGAUAGGGACAGACUGAAUAAAGAAGUUACUUUCAAAGGGCACAGCGGAUCAGUCGAUCAAUUAUGUUGGCAUCAGUCGCAUCCAGAUCUAUUAAGUACAGCAAGUGGUGACAAAUCCAUUAGAAUAUGGGACACGAGGGUUCAGAAGUGCGUGACUACAAUAAAUACCAAAGGGGAAAAUAUAAAUAUUGCUUGGUCCCCCAAUGGGAAUUGUAUAGCCGUUGGAAAUAAAGAAGAUUUAGUCACAUUCAUUGAUGCUAGAACUCAUAAAAUUGAAGCUGAGGAACAGUUUUAUUUUGAAGUCAAUGAAAUAUCGUGGAAUAACACAAGUGAUUUAUUUUUCUUGACUAAUGGGUUGGGAUGUGUCCAUAUAUUGAGUUAUCCUGAGUUAAAACGCCAACACAUAUUGAAAGCUCAUCCCGGAACUUGUAUUUGUAUUGAAUUCGAUCCAACAGGAAAAUAUUUUGCCACUGGUAGUGCCGAUGCUUUAGUUUCACUGUGGGAUAUUGAAGAGUUGGCAUGCAAAAGAGUUUUCACAAGAAUGGACUGGCCAGUUCGCACCAUAUCAUUCAGUCAUGACGGUCAACUUUUGGCUUCCGCUUCUGAAGACCUUUUGAUAGACAUUGGGUUUGUGGAGACUGGUGAUAAAAUUGCAGAUAUUUCUGUUGAAGCUGCAACAUUCACUGUUGCAUGGCAUCCCUCUAUGUAUCUUUUAGCUUAUGCGUGUGAUGAUAAGGACACUUAUGAUCGUAAGCGUGAUGCUGGCAGUUUGAAAGUCUGGGGAUUUCAAGUUGACUGAUUUCUGAUUUGUAACUACUGUAAAUAAAUUUCAGAUACUUUCUUA